UCUCCAGACUACUAGACUCUGUAUACAAUGAAUCAAAAGAAUAAUCUCCUUGCAGCGGGGAUCUGCUGAUAAUAAUAAGAGUCAUAUUAAAAUAAUCAAAAGAUAGAGGGGACUAUAGACUGGGCUAAUGAACCCAACUCCUAUACUGGACUAUUACUGCUAUUUUGUACAGCCGUUGACAUUUUGCCUCUCAUUAUUUCGCUCAUUUCGGGUCUUUCUUCACUUUCUUUUCUCAGACAAAGGCCGAUAUCAAACAAACCCCUGGCUCCUGCUCUGUCUCUGUUCUUUGCUGCUGUUGGUGCUCCUUUCUGUCUCCGAUCGGAGCUAUCGUCUCUCCGUCUGUCCAUCCAACAACGCCAACUACGGUCUUUCCUCUCACAACUUUCUUCCUCCUUUUUAUUCCUCUUCUCGAAUCCUUUCCUCGCUUUAUUCCAUCCAACUUCCUCUCAGACAACCAUCAGUUCUACAAUUGACUGGCGAUCUCGCAUAUUGUGAUUCACUCCGUUGACCCUCCCUGGCCGCCUCCCCUUUUUGUUUACCCCUCAGCAGGCGCAACAACGACUUCUCCGUCAACUCUUCUCCGAAUCCUUCGCCCUCGAUCAAUCACGCUUCAACUACCUCUUCCCGCGAACAAAACACAGACAAGUCCACACAGAAAUCCAGCAAAAUGUCGGAAGCAGAUCAAGAGUGGAAGCCCAGUGGCCGUCCUACAUCGACCAUGG